AUGGUGGUGGGCGGAGAGAGAUGGAGGUGGGCUGGUGAGUGGGUUGGGCUGGUAAUUGAAGGAGGCAGCCAACCCGCGCUGAGCAGGUGAACCUAACCCCGGCCAUCCUAUCCCCGCGGGCGCGUACCCAGCCACACGGCAACCACGAAUUCACGAGGGGAGAGAGGAGGGAGACGGCGAGAGAGAGAGAGAGCCAGCCGAGCCCAGCUACGCCAGCCCACCUCGUACGCACACAAAUUUGACUCCUUCAGAGAACGAGGGAAGGGUAGGGAGGACGAGGCGGACGAGGCGGAGGGAAGAGGGCUUGCUCUGUUUAGUUACAGCAACAGCGUCGGUGCCGUUGCUGCUGCUGUUGAAGAGAGUCCCGCCGGGAGCGACCGAGCCGGCGGGGGGAGCCACCGACCGAGCCGGCCGGGGGAGCCACCGAUUCCGGCCACGCGGGGAGCAACUCGCCGCUGCCGCCGCCACCACCGUGACAAAGUCCCGGGGACGUCCUCUCUCCGCCGCGCGCCAUGGAUCGCCACACCACCGCCAAGCAGCUGUACGAGCAACGCAAGAACUAUGCUCGCUCCAGCAACAUCAAGGCCGAAACGGCACAGUACCACGUGGAGCACCUCUCCACCUUUGAGAUGGACCGCAAGGAGGGCCUCGUGAACCUGGAGGACGGCAUCCGGCGCCUGCGGCUGCUGGACUCGACGGGCAAGAUCUGGACGCAGGACAUGCUGCUGCAAGUGGACGAGCGCUCCGUGGCGCUCGUGGACAUUGAGAGCAAGGAGGAGCUGGAGAACUUCACGCUCACCUCCAUCAUAUCGUGUCAAGCCGUGCUCACAGAGCCCAACUACAGUUCCAUCCUGGCCCUCAUUUGCACCGACGUGGGCCAGGCCAAGCCAGACCUGCACCUCUUCCACUGCGUCGAGGUUGGGGCUGAACUGAUCAAGAAUGACAUCGACAGCGCCAUCGCUGACAGCAAGGAUGGUCGCAAGAACCGGCGGCCCGAGACGCUGAGGUUCAACCAGGAGCGCAUGAGGAUGAGUCCGUCGCCGGCGCCGGGAGCGGCGAGCGUCUACUCGGAGAGUCACUCGCCGGUGUCCAACCGCAGCCGCACGCCCAACGACUUGAGCACACAGGACAGAGAUUCCGACCGCUUUAGCGUCUACUCGCAGGAGUCUGAUGAGACUCCGGAAAUGAUGGCCAAGAGGGUGGACAGAGACGUGCAAAUCCUGAACCACCUCCUGGACGACAUUGAGCUGUUCGUGGCGCGUCUGCAAAAGUCUGCGGAAGCCUACGGGGAGCUGAACAAGCGCAAGAAGGAGAAGAAGGGCAAGCGGAAGGGCGAGGGUGUGCUCACACUGCGCUCCAAGCCACCACCUCCAGGAGAGUUCCGGGAAAUCCUGCAGAAGUUCAAAUACUGCUUCAAUCUCCUGGCGCGGCUCAAAGGGCACAUCCAGAACCCCGACUCCACAGAGCUCGUACACUUCCUGUUCACGCCCCUGGAAAUGGUGGUGCACAGCACGGGGGGCCCCGACCUGGCGCGUCUCAUCACGAGCCCGCUGCUGACGCGCGACUGCAUCGACAUGCUGCAGGGAUGCCUCGCGGCCAAGGAGAGGGAACUGUGGAAAUCGUGCGGGGACGCGUGGAACAAAUCCAAGGCGGAGUGGCCCAGGGACCAGCACGUGCCGCCCUACGUCCCGCGCUUCCGCAGCGGCUGGGAGCCGCCGCUGCUGGACGUGCCGGUGCGCGAGCGCGAGCGCGAGCGUGCUCGUGAGCACGUGGCGGAGCUCGUCGAUGGCAGGGGGCCGCCCCUGGCACAGCACCACAACGAGCCCCCCUGGAUGCACAGCGAGCCCGACGGUGCGGCCCACCUCCCCAACAACGGCUACGUCGCCUUCGGUCAGCCGGACCCCUACCAUCACGGCCUGCUCCCUCCUGGCGACAGGGGCUUCGACGGCUCCGCCCCACCGCCACGCUCCCCGCUGGGCCCCCAGACGGCCAUCGUGCGCUACGACUUCAUGGCGAGGAACAGCAACGAGUUGGCGGUGCGCAAGGACGACGUCGUGGAGGUGAUCGAGAACAGCAAGCAGUGGUGGAAGGUGCGCAGCGUGACGGGGCACGAGGGUUACGUGCCCAACAACAUCCUGGACCUGCUCAAGGGCGGUGACGGCGGCGGCAUGGGCGGCAUGGGUGGCGGCAUGGGCGGUCUCUCUGACGAGCCGCUGUACAGCCGAGCCCUGCAGCGGUUGGUGGGAGAACUGUCGGAGAAACAGCGCACAGACAGUGGCAACCGCUAUCCGGGAGGCCCAGCGUCCCCGGGCCUCCCGUUGCCGCCCAACGGCCUCCAGCGGCAGGGCAGCGGGGACUCGGCGAACGCCCUGGGGCCCGAACCGCCACGCAGCAACAACAACAACAACAACCAGCGUGACCCGGCCCAGCAGCAUGUGCAAGAAGAGCUGCUGAAGCGGCUGUCCGGGCAGAACGUGAACAAGCGCAACUUCAUGAUCCCGCGCAGCAAGGGCACCGCCGUGGUGCUGAGCUUCGACUCGUCGCCCGAGGACGUCAAAUCGUGGCUCGUGGCCAAGGGAUUCAGCAACCUGACCGUGGACAGCCUGGGGGUUCUGACCGGUGCUCAGAUCUUCUCUCUCAACAAGGAGGAGCUGAAGGCUGUUUGUCCGGACGAGGGGGCGAGGGUCUACAGCCAGAUCACUGUGCAGAAGAGCGCGCUCGAGAGCGCGCGUGGAACGUCGGAGCUGGAGGAAAUCAUGAAGAAACGGAAAGAGAAGAUCAGCUCGGUUGAUAAGAACGGCAGCGAAGACGUCACCGCCUAGCCCCCCCCUCCCCUCGCCAAAGGCCCAUCAACACCCCCACCCCUGCCCCCCACAGCCCCCCACUUACUGCCACUUUCACAGCUGUUGUCCAGCUUAUUCUCACGUCCGACACAUCCGGCGAUUCUAUUCCCGUCGUCCCAGAGCGAGAGAGGGGGUGACGCUAGUUUAGAGUCACGGUCGACCAUCGCCGCCGUAGCGCUUGGGGGGGGGGUCUGGCGCCGGGCGUUGUGCCGUUGAGGGUCUCCACAUGGGUCGGGUUGACGCGAUUGGCUGAGCGGGGUUAAUCUGAUUGGCUGAGCAGGGUUAAUCUGAUUGGCUGAGCGGGGUUUAUUCCGAUUGGCUGAGCGGGGUUAAUCUGAUUGGCUGAGCGGGGUUAAUCUGAUUGGCUGAGCAGGGUUAAUCUGAUUGGCUGAGCGGGGUUUAUUCUGCAUUAGCUGAGCGGGGUUAAUCUGAUUGGCUGAGCGGGGUUUAUUCCGAUUGGCUGAGCGGGGUUUAUUCUGCAUUAGCCGAGCGGGGUUUAUUCGCAUUAGCCGAGCGGGGUUUAUUCUGAUUAGCUGAGCAGGGUUUAUUCUGAUUGGCCGAGCGGGGUUUAUUCUGCAUUAGUUGAGCUGGGUUUAUUCUGAUUGGCUGAGCGGGGUUUAUUCUGAUUAGCCGAGCUGGGUUUAUCCUGAUUGGCUGAGCGGGGUUUAUUCUGUAUUAGCUGAGCGGGGUUUAUUCUGCAUUAGCUGUACUACCCGGCUUCGCCCGGGACUUGGAUCAACAACGCCCGGCCGCCUUUGUCUCCCCAGUGGCGAUGUUCACACACCACAGCAG